AUGGGAAUUUCUUCUCAGAGUAGUGUGUGGCAGGCCUACUUUGCGAAGGAUUGGCAAAUCCCCUCAAGGUCCAGAAACGGCAUGAUUAGAAAUGUGUGUGCACUUCUAAGGGAUUCUAACCCUCCUGACAUUAGCAGGGGCUCGGAUAUCUACUACUGCUCCGAGCUUUUCAACGAAUACAACCUGGGACACAAUAAGGCCACGCGAGCAGAAGAAAAAUUGGAUUAA